AGUUCACCUGCCGGCGACAGAAGGCUGUAAAAGUAGUCGACACAGAAAGUUUUACGGAAGGAGCGUGGACAUGGCGAGCGAUGACAGAGUGGCCAUAUUAACAGACGACGAAGAGGAGCAGAAGCGGAGGUAUACUCUGUCUGAGCACUUCAACACGCUCUCCCUUCAGCUGCGGAAGGACCCAUCCACCCCAGCACCCAGCCACAUUGUGCCUGAUACAGAGGCACCUACAUCAGACCCACAGUAUGACAUGGACUGCUGCGAGAGAAUAUGCAUCAGGAUCAAUACCCGUCUUCUCAUCUCCAAAGUCUUCUAUUUCUUCUUCUAUGCAGCCUAUGGCUCUCUCCAUCCACUGCUGGCAGUUUACUACAAACAGCUAGGAAUGACACCAAGUCACAGUGGACUGCUUGUGGGUAUACGCUACUUUAUAGAGUUCUGUAGCGCACCGUUUUGGGGUCUUGUUGCAGACAGGUACCAGAAAGGCAAGGCAGUGCUGCUGUUCUCAGUCCUGUGCUGGUUGUUGUUCAACUGCGGCAUUGGUUUUGUCAGACCAGCAGAUAUGUUUUGCAAAGAGGAAAUCGCUGACACAACCGUGACUCCCACAAACACCACGCUGCUGCCUUUCACCCCGACUACUAAUUAUUCCAGCCAAGAGCGGGACCUGGUCGGAACCACCCUUAACAGUUCCUCUGACAUUACGCCUGUCUUCAGCUCUCACCGUAUGUUCAAAAGAGAUACCAACAUAAGCACUACUGUGGUUCCAGGUGUGUGGAGUAAUACUGUGGUACCACCCGUUUUAAACACCACCAUGGUACCACCCAUUUUAAACACCACCAUGUUUGCAAAUUCAUCUACGUACAACAUAACUCCAGCUUCCCCCACCACCACUCAGCCACCUACAACCCCCACCUCAGGCCAUACAGAUUCCAUCAUUUACUACAACAGUGACCAGGUGGAGGCCAUCUUCCUUCUGAUCCUGCUGGUCAUUAUCGUGGGUGAAUUUUUCAGUGCUCCAGCAGUCACCAUUGUGGACACGAUAACCCUGCAGUAUCUCGGGCCGCAUCGCGACCGUUACGGUCUCCAGAGGAUGUGGGGUUCACUGGGCUGGGGUCUUGCCAUGCUUUGCGUCGGCAUCUGGAUUGACCACACGCACGUCGUCCCAGACAUCGUCGGCGUGGGAUGCGCCCUGCCGGAUUUUAAGAAUUAUCGAAUUGCCUUCAUUGUGUUUGGUGUUUUGAUGGGCGUUGCUUUUAUUGUGGCUACGCAAUUCCAAUUUGACAGGCAACCGGCAGGGCUGAGGCAGCAAAGGGAGGAACUGAGUGAGCAGCAGGGUUCUCGGACUGGGCCCACUGGGGAGGGUGAGAGGGAUCAGGCCUCUCUUGCCUCAGGCGUACAGGAAGAACAGUUCCACUACUGGGACCUGAUCCGUCAACUUCUCUGCAGCAUCCAUUACAGCACGGUUCUCUUUGUCGCAUGGUUCAUGGGCUUCGGCUACGGGUUUGUGUUUACCUUCUUGUACUGGCACCUGGAGGACCUGAAGGGAAGCACCACGUUAUUUGGGGUUUGUUCAGUGCUUAGCCAUGUGUCUGAGCUCGCUGCCUACUUCACAAGCCACAAGCUCAUCGAACUUGUAGGACACAUCCGGGUCCUGUAUAUCGGACUGGCAUGUAACACUGCACGAUACCUCUACAUUUCCUACCUAGAGAACGCCUGGAUUGUUCUCCCCAUGGAGGUGCUGCAAGGAGUGACACACGCGUCUGUGUGGGCGGCCUGUAUCUCGUAUAUCAGUGCCGCAGUGCCCCCUGCCCUGCGCACCUCUGCACAGGGCAUCCUCCAAGGCCUCCACCUGGGCCUAGGCCGGGGCUGCGGAGCCAUGGUCGGAGGAGUCUUCGUCAACUACUUUGGCGCAGCAGAGACGUUUAGAGGGAUUGGGAUGACAUCACUUGUUAUUCUCAUCUUCUUCUCUUUCAUUCAGUGCAUCACUGAAGAGGAUGAGAGCAAGGAAGACAAGAUGCUGGCAGAGAACAUUCCUGUUCCAUCUAGCCCGGUUCCCAUAGCCACUAUAGACCUGGUGCAGAACAACCAGGUAGGCACGGAUCCCGCGCCGCGUGCGGAGCCAAAGCCGCCAGCCCAGAAAACCAAACACCAGGAAGAGCAGGAGGACGUGAACAAGCCGGCGUGGGUGGUGUCAGGCUCGCCCUGGGUCACCAUCGCUUUCGCUAUCUGCCAGGUCAGAGAGAUGAUCGUCAUGGCAAAGAUGGCCCCGCCCGUAGAGGUCCAGCCGCUGCAGGAGACCAGUGAGGCUUCCCCAGAAAACCAGGAAGAAGAUCUGUCACAUGGGGAUUCCGCGGACCCGGAUGGACAUUCCCAACCAGAAGACCACGUCCAAGAGCCUCAUUCGGAACCCAAAAGUGUUCCCCUUGAGGUUCCGAAGCCCGAUUUGGCCACAUCACAGUUCCCUGAUUCCCUGGACUCAGCUCAGCCUGUAGAGAACCCAGUUCUGCUUCCUGGCAACUUUGAGGUUCCUCCCACAGUAAACUCUACAAACCCUUUCCAGUCGUAACACAGUGGGCUAGAAGAAUGUUUAGGAAGAGG